GAUGAGUUAUUUGACUCGUCGUAUGAGGGAUUAUUGUCACUAGGAGAAACGCUUGGGGAAGUUAGGUCGAAGGCCACGCCUUCCGACGUCAUCGCCUCGCUUCCAACAGGGACCUAUCAAGCGUGGGCAAAGGAAGACAGUGAGACACGGUGUCCGAUCUGUUUGGAUGAUGCACGUAUCUGUCAAAUUCAUUCAUAUGGGCGCGAUGAUCCCGUUAUGAGGCUCGUUGAAUGUACCCAUUGGUUGCACAAG